AUUACAGACGUCACGGACAAUCGCCCAUCUAGUCGUCUGUCACGUACCACGAAGACAACACGGCGUGUGUAUUGUUGUGUGCCCGGUCGUCAGGAGUGCGUCGGUGGGAUUUGAAGCCAGGACCUUCUAGUGGUGGUUUCCCCACCACAACACGGCCGCAAGAUAGCGGGGCACCGGAGCAUGUUCUGCUACCACUGCCCACCCUCGCUGCAUCCCUCCACGACCCCGAGGCUGCCGUCGCUGGACUACCCAUUCACCCCCACACACCCCUACACGAGCUACUCCUACCAUCCCGCCAUACACGACGACACAUUUGUGAGACGGAAGCAGCGCCGUAACCGGACAACAUUCACACUACAGCAGCUGGAGGAGCUGGAGAGCGCCUUUGCGCAGACGCACUACCCUGACGUAUUCACACGGGAGGACCUCGCCAUGAAGAUCAACCUAACCGAGGCACGAGUCCAGGUAUGGUUCCAGAACCGGCGGGCUAAGUGGCGGAAGGCAGAACGCCUCAAGGAAGAACAGAGGAAACGGGAGGAACAGGAGAGGGGAGGAGGAAUCUCGAAGCAAGACUGCAAGGACGGGACGGCGGCGCCCAGCGUCGGGAUAGACAAGGUUGAUGAUGUGGCCCGCAGUAGCCCCGAGGCAGAGCCGGCGGGAGGCACGCUGCUCCCGGCGCGCGAGCACGCCGACACGCCCGUCAGCUGCGCGGAUACCGAGCCCGAGUUGGAGUCUGAUACCGGCGAGCGAGCGGGUGACGGCCGAGACGCCGAGGACCCAGCGCCUAGCUACAGUCCGAGCGUAUCGGCGCCAGGGUCCCCGUCUCGCCCCUUGGUGGCAGGCGCCACCCCAGUCACGUCGUCCACUUCUUCGACGCCGACAAGCGUCGUGACGGAGCCCUCUAGUGGUCUGCGCCCCUCGGCCAAUCUACCCCCGUACAGUCUGUUCCCCAGCUUUGCAGAGAGUGGCGGAUUUAGACCGGUACUGGAAGCAAGUGGCGCUCCUCGCGGCACACCACCCAUUUUCUUCCCGCCGCAUCUGACGUCACAGUUCACACCACCGCUGUUCCCCGGACUUAAAGCGUUUCCUGGGCUGUGCUCGUGCUGCCCCAUCAAGCCCAUGACCACGCUGGGCGGUUCCCUGCUGGACCAGUCCACUUCGCAGUCCAAUGCGGACCAGCGGUCCUCCAGUGUGGCUGAGCUACGCAGGAAGGCCCAGGAGCACUCGGCGGCACUUCUGCAGAGUUUGCAACACGUGGCCAGCUUUCAGCACUUCCCGGUGGGACUGGGCCUCAACCUACCGCCUCUCUCCACACUACAGGCUCUCGCGAGGAAAACCGACGCUGCUGCCGCUGCGGCCGCUGUAGCCCUCACGUCCCCAGGGGCCGGCGGCACCUCGCCCUCCAGGGACGCGCAGCAGACGUAGAAGCAUUUGCCCAAAAACAUGUAGCAUAAAGUCGGUAUGUGCCUGCCAACAUGAGUGUCUCUAGCCUGUUGGCAGCUAGUUGCAUGUCUCCUUAGAUUUAGACGACCUGCAUGUCACCAGUUGUUGUAAAGUGUUGUUACUCUUGUCUGUCAUGUUACACAUAGGCACGGCCAAUAAAUCGAUCACUCAA